CCAAAAACAUAAAAAACAAAGAAAGAAAAAACAAUUCAGUUCAGCCAUAGUCCUUCACGGCACACAACCACCUUCUUCCCAGCUUCUGCAUCUCUGUCUCCCUCAUCCUCUUCGAUGGAAGCUGAUGAAGUGCAAUCAUCUCGCGGUGCGUUAGACAGCUAGCGGAGAAAGCGAUCGCCGGGUGUUUAUUCGCGCGCAGAGACAGAAGUCAGGUGCAGAGCUCGCGUCGCUUUUGGGUUCGGUCGGCAAUGGAGAAGGCUGACGUCGUCCUGGGGCUGCACGAUUUCCUGGAGCGAAUGCGUCAACCCUCCGCUUCCGACAUCGUCAAGUCCAUCAAGAGUUUCAUUGUCUCGUUUAUAAACAAUGCUCCAGAUCCGGAGAGGGAUAGUGCCAUUGUACAGGAAUUUCUCAACAAUAUGGAAGGAGUAUUCAGGAAUCAUCCAUUGUGGGCGGGUUGCUCAGAGGAGGAACUGGAGAGUGCUGGUGAAGGAUUGGAGAAGUAUGUAAUGACGAAAUUGUUUUCCCGCGUGUUUGCAUCACAUCCAGAUGAUGUUAAACUUGAUGAUGACCUGUCUGAGAAGAUGUCUCUGGUUCAACAGUUCAUUAGGCCAGAAAAUCUGGACAUCACACCGUCCUUUCAGAAUGAAACAUCGUGGCUGCUUGCUCAGAAAGAACUACAAAAGAUCAACAUGUGCAAGGCACCAAGAGACAAGCUAGUGUGCAUCCUCAAUUGUUGCAAAGUUAUUAACAACCUGUUGAUCAAUGCUUCCAUUGCUUCCAAUGGGAAUCCACCAGGGGCUGAUGAGUUUCUCCCUGUUCUAAUUUAUGUUACCAUUAAGGCAAGCCCCCCGCAACUGCACUCUAAUUUGUUGUAUAUACAAAGAUACAGACGACAAUCUCGAUUAGUUGCUGAAGCAGCUUAUUUUUUUACGAACAUGCUCUCCGCAGAGUCCUUCAUCUCAAACAUUGAUGCAAAAGCACUUUCAAUGGAUGAAACUGAGUUCUUGAGCAACAUGGAAUCUGCUCGAGCUCUUUUAUCUGGGCUUUCCACCGAUGUUGAUGGUCUCUCUAACCAAACUGAUAGUGCUGGUGAUUAUGCGCCAAGAGCAGAACCGAUGGAAACAAGAAAUCAAGGUUCUUUUAAUAGAAUUCCUGCAACACCACCGAAAACAUCUGAAACCAAACUGAAGACAAAGUCAGUACCAUAUACAAGUAAUCAGGCAUCGAUGGCUAAAAUCCCAUCCCUUUCAGAUUUGGAGAAUAAAGGGGCAGCUAUGCUGUUGAAGGAGGAUCAGGUUAGCAAAACCUUUCAGGAGUUCCCGUACUUAUUUGCCCAGGCUGGUGAUUUGACAGUAAUUGAUGUAGAAGACCUGCUAAAUAAUUACAAGAGGAUAGUUUUCAAGUACAUCUGUCUUUCCAAAGGGAUGAAUGUUGCCUCCCCGCAAAUUCCUUCCAAAUUACAAACCGGAGGCCCAAGCGAAAUGGAAACAGCGAAUAAAUCUCAAGAUAUACACUCUGAGCCACAAGAAGAUACAGAUAGGACAGACGAUAGAGUUUCCCUCGUCGAAGAGGAGAGUCUUGUUUCAAAGUCACCGCCAAAUGAGCCAUCGGAGCCACAAGGCAACCCUGUUGGCGAGACAUCCCAAUGAUAGGUCAAGUCUUUUUUUUUUUUUUUGGGGGGGGCGGUGGGGGUGUUCCCUUUCAUAUGUUCCUUGGGUAGCACUGCCAUAUGCAGGUCAUGUAUUUGAGACAAUGGACAAGAUGAUGGGUUUAUUCUUGUCCUCUGGUAGAAUUUAGCAGUCAAUCAGUCCUGUUUAUGGGAAUGAGGAUGAUCUUAAAGAGCAUCAUCAUCUCUCCCUUGUCGUCAAACUUAGCUCACGUCUUCCUUUACCACUUGCAAAAUUUUUCAGCAGGUUACAGUGAUGGAUAGGUGAUAGUUUGAUGUGCAUUUUUGUUCAUGUGGUAGAUUUGGAUAUUCCGCUCUUCAUCAGAGUUUCAAUAUCAAUGUUUGUUCUUCAA